AUGAACGAUCACACCGACCUCAAAGAAUCCAUCCACCUCUAUACCAAAAAAGGCUCCUCAAACGGAGUUGAAACAAUAAUGCUACUGGAAGAAUUGGAGCUUCCCUACUACCUCUGCAGCGUUAAUCACAUCGAAGAAAUUCCAGACAAGAGAUUCGAUUUCGCUGAUAUUCAUAACUAUCUUCCGAUUCUGACGGACUUCCACCCCAAUGGCCAGAGGUUCAGAGUUCAGGAGUCUGGAGCUAUCGCUCAAUAUCUUAUAGCACGCUAUGAUAAAGGGCACAAGCUAUCUUACCCCACUUCAUCAUCACAGCACACCGAAGUUAAUAACUGGCUGUUCUUCUUGGCUUCACGGCUAGGGCCAAACCACAGGGAAGCAGCUCAUUUCCUCAAAGCCCCAGUAGAGGUCUCUUACGGAAUCUCACGCUUUACGAACAAGACGAUUCAGUUAUAUUUCGCCACCGAGAGACAUCUACAAAACUCGCAGAUGCCGUAUAUUGUGGGCAAUAUAUGCACAAUUGUUGAUUUUCUUUACUUCCCAUACGUUGCUGAAGCGAAAUCCGCUGGCAUUGAUAUAGAUGAAUUUCCUGCUCUGAAUUCAUGGUAUAAGAAUAUGCUUCAACGUCCCGCUAUUGCGGAAUUCACGUUUACCUCCCAUGUCCUGCUCCCAAAAGAUCUCUCAGAAAAUCACAUGCAUGUUGGGCUUCUCGGUCGCCUUGAGUUGCCUUCGAGGAGGCAUUCUGUCGUCACCGAAGAUGUUUCGGGCCUGUGUCAUAUGUAUACAGAGUAUGCAGUCCAGGCAGCCUCUUCCAACUUUGGGAAUAUGCCGUGA